CAUGGUCGAGGGAAAACAAGACAUGUUCCAGAUUGUGUAUCCUGAGUCUUAGCGAACGGAAACAUAAGGCUGCUGAAACAGAUGUUAUGACAGUUUCAAGUGAUCCGGUGGCGGCACGACACAGAGGCAUAUGGAUGAGCAAGCUUUGCGAGGCCUAGGGCCUUAUGUUGACACAGAGGGUCAUAAUAGGGCCCUGGCUUACUUUGAGCAGCUGAAGCAGUCGGACGAUGGGUGGAAACUCUGCGCUGAGGCCAUCAUGCAGGGCAUGUAUGAGAGUGACCACAUCAAGUUCUUUUGCUUCCAAGUUUUGGAGAAUUUCUUAAAGACAAGAUAUUCCAGUGCGAUUUCUUCAGACCAGCAAAUCCUGAAGCAGUCCUUAUUGCAAUGGCUACAAAUACAGACGCUGUCCACUCACGAGGAGAAGAAUUUCAUCCGCAACAAAGCGGCCCAACUCUUCUCGCUUCUGUUCAUCAGCGACUUCCCACAUCGCUGGCCGGGAUUCUUCACAGACUUGAUACAGCUCCUGAAUGCGGGCCCUGCCUCCGUGGAUAUGUACCUACGCAUCUUAGUUGCCAUCGAUGAAGAUGUAGUGGACAGAGAGACCAUACAAACACAAGAGGAUGCUACGAAGAGUACGCUGUUGAAGGAUAGCAUGAGAGAACGGGCAGUGAAUGAGAUGGUGAACUCUUGGUACAAUAUUCUGAAAACAUACGAGAACACCAACCCAGAGUUGACGUGUCUGUGCCUUGAGGUGGUGGGAUCAUACGUGUGCUGGAUCGACAUCAACCUCAUCGCCAACGAUCGCUUUGUUUCCUUGUUGCUGCGUUACCUCUCCAUCGACGUCCUACGAGAGAGUGCCUGCGACUGUUUCCAUGAGAUCAUCAGCAAGGGAAUGGACCCCAUCGCUAAGACUGAGCUGGUGGAAUCCAUUACCAAAGUGCUACACGAUUCAGGAGUUAUUCCACCCUCGGAUGAUGAUGUAGAUUUCUUAGCAAAACUUUCAAAGUUGACCAACGGCAUUGGAAUGAAUCUCAUAACAUGCUGGGAAAAGCUGGUAAAGAGUCGAGACAGCGCCCUCACAGCCAAGACCCUACAAGCUGUGGAGAGUAAACUCCCUCUCAUGUUUGACUUCCUGGGACACGAAGAUGACGACAUCUCGUUGGCUGUCACCGGCUUUGCUCACGACUACAUCGGGGUUCUCAAACAGAUACCAAAGAUAAGUCCCACUCAGAUGAGCUUCAUGGAGAACAUGCUUUAUGUUGUCAUCCGCAAGUUCAAGUACGAGGACACGUAUAACUUUGACAGUCAGGGAGAAGACGAGAUCAUGUUCAUCGAUUACAGACGACAGAUGAAGAUAUUGUUUGAUAACUUAGUGCAACUCAAUCAGACUUUGGUUCUUCAAGUGGUACACAAUUUCAUCACCAGGACACUGAACCAGUGGAAAUCAGUCAAGUUCACUGAAGCGGAGCUAGCGGUGCGCCUACUGUACAUGCUGGGUGAAGCUAUACCAGUGAACCAGGGUAACCACUUUAUUGGGGACCAGGCGAGGGCUGAGAUCAUGAGAGACUUAAUGAGAACUCUUGUCACAAGCCGAGUAGUUGAGCAUUCUCAUUGGGCAGUUGGCCUUCAGGUCUUUGAGACGAUAGCCAGGUAUGAGAAGUUCUUUAACUGUGAGCCCCAGCACAUUCCGGACGUCUUGAUGGCCUUUCUUGGGGACAGAGGGCUGAGGCACUGCCACCCGACCAUACGUAGCAGGACGGCGUACCUCUUCGGACGUUUCAUCAAAUCCCUCAAGCAUCACCUGACAGAGUUCACUGACGAGAUUCUCAAGAGGAUUUCAGAUCUACUGGUGAUUGCUCCACCGGACAAUGGUCAUCCACUUUUACUGACCAGCGAUGACCAGUUGUUUAUGUACGAGGCAGCUGGAAUGAUCAUUGCAUCAAGUAGCUAUCAACCAGAGAAAAAAGCCUACCUGAUGAAGAAUCUGUUAGCGCCAACCAUAGAGAAAUUCAACACCAUGUUUGAUAAGAUGUGCAUUGAGAAGGAUGAGCAGAAUAGAGAGAAGUACGCUGAGGUGGCAGCCCAGGCUAUUGCAUUUGCAAGUCGCACCAGUAAAGCUUUCUACACCCAGCUGACCAUCAAGCAGAGUGGGUGCGAGGUGUGCUACACCGAAGCCCUCCAGGUGUUCCUCAGGGCCCUGGACACCCCCUAUCACCAUCAGAUCCUUCACUCUGUGGUGCGGCAGUAUCUCCAUCGGAUGAUAAUCUGCCUGGAGGAAUCACUCCUCCCCUACGUCCCCAUCGCUGUGGAGCACCUCCUCAAGAAGUGUGAGGCAAGAGAUAUUCACGAGUUCAUCCCGCUCAUUAACCAGAUUGCCGGCAAAUUCAAGAGUACAAUCGUUCCAUUCCUGCGAUCUGUCUUCAUGCCGAUUGUCACGACGAUCUUCAACGUCUUGGGACAGCCGGCCGAUGAGUUGGACAUCCAAGCCAAGCAAGACAAAGACCUCCUGAAGAGGAGUUACUUUCAGUUCUUGCAGACUCUGGUUGCUAAUGACGUCAGUGAGGUCAUCUCUGGCCAAGAUGCACAGAAUUUCAAGCAAGUGUUACUGACCGUGAUCCAGGGUGCAGUGGAAUCACAAGACCCAAUAGUCCAGAAAACGGCCUUCAACAUCUUACGGAAGCUGGUGGACAAGUGGGGAGGAAAAGACGGCCUUCCUGGCUUCCGAGACUUCAUCAAUGAUUACAUCAUCCCGGCCUGCUUCAUGGCCCCCCUCAAGCCUACCUUCAAUCUGUCAGAUGGUCAGACUGUAUUGGCUCUAAAUGAAGAUGCAGCUGUUCUGAAAUCAGUGCUUGCCAAGGAAGGAUCUCAGUUGAUAAGCUUCCUUCAGCAGAAGUACUUUCCCUCCUUGCCACUCGGACCUGAACCCUCACAGGCGUUUUGCUGUGCGCUGCAAGAGAUGGAACUGAAAAUGUUUCGAAAUUAUGUUAAAGCUUUCUUCGAGUCCGCCAGGAAAUCGUGACGUUAAAGAUCCAGCUUGGAAUCAGAUCAAUUCCAAGACCAUUUAUUUAAAUAUUGUACAAAUUAAACAAAACAAUCUGUGACAUCAUGAAUUACUUUGUGCCAUGAACUGAAGAAUAAUAAAAACUAUUGCGAGUCUUACAGAAUGCGCAAACCCAGCAAUAAGAAGCUUAAGGUGUAGGAACAAAGAGGCAGAUUUUUUUAAAGACAGGUUUUGAAGUUUAUGAAUUCUGUUACCCUUUGGUUUAUAAGAUGCGUUAUUCCAGAUCACACCAAAAGAUAUUUGAUUGAGUUUUGUACAUAGGCAACGACCCUCCAUUGUAUAAAACUAUUGAAAUUUUUGCUCAUUGUAAGAUUUUUUUUUUCUCUAAGGAAAUGAAACUAUGAAAUAGACGCUUAAUUACUUUAAAUUUGUCUCUUUUAAAAGCAAUGCUGCUGUAUAAAGAUUAUAAGAGAAAAUGUUAACGACGGAAUAUUAUCUCCUCUUUUUUUAAUAUUGUUUUUAUUAUUCUGAAAAGCAAUUUUACAAUUGAUGUUAUCUGUUGAUUUGAAGCAACAUUCAAUGUCCUUAAUGGUAAAACAAAAUCUGCAUUUCCUUUCCUUUUCCUUUGUAUAUAUUAAGCAAAUUUGGGAAAUUUUCUCUUACAAGAAUAUAAAGAGUCCUAUUGGAAAUCAAUCCCAUGUUCUUCUUAUUGCAGUUCCUCAGAGUAAGCUUUCAUUUUUACGAAUUCAUUUAAAAGCAAAAAAAAAAUGUUUGUACAAAUAUUCCAGAAGGUAUCUUUAUGAGGAAACACAGUUCCCCCCUAGAAAAGUACACAAAUAAAUUAAAAACAACACACAAACAAAACGUAUAUUCUGAAUUGAAGAAAGUGGACAACCAUUCAAUGUGGUCUUCAAUUUAUAUUAUGACCUUCAAAAAGGUCUUCAAUUUAUAUUAUGAGUUUGAUUUUUGUUUUGUUUUACUGCUAAGAAUAUUGAAUUGCAUUUAUAUCAAGCGACUGUGGCUACAGCUAUCUAUGGCCAUUGUCUGCAUCAACAAUGUUGAUGCUUGUCAGCCAUAGCCACUACUGAAGCUUACAAGUCACACGCACAGCCUGUCCAUUGGUUAAGGCCAUAUCCGAUUUGGCGCCUUCAGCUACGGCUUCAGCUGUUGCUAAGUGUGUUGUUAAAGCCAUUGGACACUUUCGGUAAACAGAAUUGUCCAAAGGCCCACACUUCGUG